AUGGGAGACACUGCAUAUCUGAUUUGUAUAACAGCUUCAGGGUCGACACCCAUAACAUACACAUGGCUCUUGAACAACACACUAUUACAGCAGACUCACAGGGAGUUGACAAUCAACAAUAUACAACCAAACCAAGCAGGACCAUACAGCUGUAAUGUCAACAACUCCAUAUCAUGGCAACAGUCCGGGACAUUCACAUUUAAUGUGCAAACUCCGAUUGAGGGUGUCUCUAUAACCCGUUCACGUGCCACAGGACAUGAUGUCACCAAGGGAGACACUGGAUAUUUGAAAUGCACAACAACAUUAGGCUUUGCACCGAGAACUUAUACAUGGUUCCUGGACAAUGCACCAUUACAGCAGACUGGUAGUGAGUUGACAAUCAGCAAUAUACAACCAAGCCAAGCAGGACCAUACACAUGUAAUGUCAGCAACUCCAUAUCAGGGCAGUCCAGGACAUUCUUUUUUAAUGUUUUAUAUGCCCCAGACAACUGGCAGAAUAUACCCACACUGACAGGGUACAACGCCACAUCAGACAAACUUGUCACUGGGGAGACAUCUGUGACCUUGGCCUGUAGAGCACCUGGCGGGAAUCCUUUAGCAUCCUUAAGCUGGACAUCAGGGUGUCCAAGUGGUUCAACCAGUGCACAUUUCACCUCAAACACGUCAGAGAUCAGACUUCAGUUUACAGUACAAACCAGUCACCAUCAGACCACGUGUGGCUGUAAUGCUACACAUGCACAUGGAGCACCUGAAUCCAAGCAGAGACAAGUCACUUUUCUUGUUAUACAUCCCCCAAGCAGUGUGAAUAUCACACUAAGUCCUCCAUUACCGUGGUUGGCGACAGGACAGAACCCGACCACCAAUGCCCAGCUGACAUGUUCAGCUACUGGUGGAUAUCCAACACCAACGUUGUCAUGGCAACGUAACUCUGUGUCUGUGCCAGGGUCAGCUACGUACACUUUCCAAGCUGUAGAUAUCAGUGAAAACCAAGUGGAAUACAAGUGCCUGGCUUCAAAUGACUACACUACAAUAAAAGGAGUUACUGUUCAGAAGGCGCUACGGCUUGAUGUUCAGUACCACCCUAUAGUUCAGGUCAGCGUCUCCCCCAGCAGUACCAGGGAGGUCAACGAGUCUGUUACGUUAAUAUGCACAGCAUACGGCAACCCAACUGUCACUUCCUAUAGAUGGCAGAAAGGUAGCUGGACAACAGGACAAGCCAACCAUACUAUACAACAACUGACCAAGGAUGAUUCAGGACAGUAUACCUGCACAGUAACAGCCAACUCAGCCAGACACAGUGAUCUUAUCUCUACAAAGAACAUCACUCUCAUUGUCCAAUAUCUCACAGUGACUUUCCCUGUUGUCCCAGAGCAGACUGAAGGUGACAACCUGUCUAUGACAUGUACAGCACAAGGAGAACCUGGCGGAAACAACAUACGAUAUCAGAAGUGGAUGUUUCAGCCAACAGGAGGAGGUUCAGUUACAGAACUUGACAAUACCAGCGACAGAUUGGUGAUAACUCGUAUACAGUACACAGAUGCUGGGGUUUACACGUGUAUUGCAACCAACGGAGUGUUCACGAAAGCCGCUUCAGGGGAUGUAAUAGUAAGAUAUUCUCCCAAAAGAGAUCCUAAUACCAGAUAUCAAGGCAGAGUAAGUGGGGAUAUAGGGGAAACAAAGGCCUUAAGUGUCCAUGUCAUCGCUUACCCAAAGCCAACGUCAUUCACUUGGAAGAAAGGGGAACAAGUGGUCAAUAUAACAUCUCAGGACCAAGAUUUCUCAUCUUCAUUGCCAAUACUGAUAGAUGAGGCUAGCUAUGGAAACUACACAUGUGAAGUUACUAAUGGGGUGAAGGAGCCACUUGUUGUUCAUUUUACACUGGAACGCUCAGGAAAGCCAGACAUUCCAUUAGACUUCCGAGCUGUGUCGUCGUCAGCUGUAUCUGUCACCGUAUCAUGGAGGGCAGGUAAUAACGGUGGACGUAGACAGGUGUUUACUCUUCAGUACAAGGAGGCCACUUCUGCACAAUGGCUGAGCAUUUCGAACAUUCCAGAUCCUGGCUUUGGACAAAUUAAACAGUACAAGAUCACUGGAUUGAGGUCUGGCGUCACUUACAAUGUCCGAGUACGAGCUGAGAAUGAAAUCGAUGAUGCCAGUAGGAGUGCCAGUCCAUUUACAGAUAUAUUGGACAUCAACACAAAAGCCCUGACAGAUCAAACUAAUGGAACAGGAAUUAUCGUCUGGAUAGUCGUACCUAUUGCCUUGGUUAUCAUAGCAAUUGUCAUCGCCAUUCUCGUCUGUAAAAUAAGGUCUGUAAGAAGGAAAAAGGAUGGACCGAACACACAGAUAGCAAACGCCGUCAGAAUGGAUGAUAUGAAGGUUAGUGAAGAAUCUCCAUACAUAGAUAUGCUUCAACGUGAUGUAGAAAUACCCAGAAGUAGUAUCAAGAUGUUACAACAAAUCAACAAAGGAGCCUUUGUCCUUGUCUUCAAAGGCAGUGUCUUCAACAUGUACGGGAAAAAAAAGUGGACCACAGUUGCCAUUAAAACAACUAGAGAUGAAAAGGACGCAGUUGUUAUCAGAGAUCUGAUGAAUGAAUUGAAAGUGAUGAUGGAGCUUUCUGUUCACCCUAAUGUGGUAUCUCUUCUUGGAUCUUGCACGCGUGACGGUGGAGUUCCUAUGGUAAUCACGGAGUACCUGUCAAACGGAGAUCUACAGACAUUUUUACGAAAUGAUCGCUCACAAAACAAAACGGUUUAUAAUAAUUUACAUGGCAACAGUAUGUCCUUGACGUCACGUGACCUGAUGAAAUUCGCCUUAGACGUAGCACGUGGCAUGUCAUACUUGUCUUCAUCGGCAAUUCUCCACCGAGAUCUCGCUGCCAGGAACGUUUUGGUGUCUGAAGACAAGACGUGCAAGAUUACGAACUUUGGCUUUGCCAAGGAUGUGAUUGAAAGCCAUCAGUAUGAAAGAAAUUCGGAGGGCCGUUUGCCAGUUCGCUGGAUGUCCCCUGAAGCUCUGCAUGACAACAUAUUUACCACACAGUCUGAUGUCUGGGCGUAUGGUGUACUGCUCUGGGAGAUUGUCACACUGGGUUCCAGUCCCUACCCCGGUAUGUCAGCCAGGCAGGUGAUUGAAGCUGUAACUGAAGGUUACCGGAUGCCACAACCACCACACUGUUCACAGGACAUGUACAGUAUAAUGCUGUCUUGCUGGGAGGUAAACCCGCGCUCAAGACCGACGUUUCAAUCCCUUGCAGACACACUGAACCACUUGUUGUCCGCAAAUUACGAGGUUUUGUUUCUGGGGAAAUUUGAAGAGAGGCUCUACGAAGAACUUGACCAUUGCAAACCUGACGAAAAAUGCUAAGAAAUGUAUUUUCUUGUUAUUUUAACUAGCACAAUUAACCCGACAAGUAAUCUGCGCGUGUAGGAGAUGUACCACAAAAGCCUAC